AUGGCAGGGGAGGCCGCAUCGCUGGAGUAUGAUGCAGAAUUUAGGGAGAGGGCAGCAGAAGAUCCCACAAUAAGGUGGGAUGUUCAGGAUAGUGACACGUGGUCAGAACUGGUUGCUCCUGAUAAGGAAAAAUCCCGGGGUGUGGAUUUACUCCGCUGCCCAGCUCGUCGGGGUGCCACUCCCUGUGAGUCUCUCCGGAUAAGAACGGUUUCAGCUUAUCUUAAAAGCAUCAACAAUGCUGAGAAGAGUGUAAAACGUCAAGUUCUCAUCAGACCGUGCUCCAAAGUUAUUGUCCGGUUCUUAACUGUGAUGAUGAAGCAUGGUUACAUAGGUGAAUUUGAGAUCAUUGAUGAUCACAGAGCUGGGAAGAUUGUUGUUAAUCUCACAGGCAGACUCAACAAGUGUGGUGUGAUCAGCCCCAGAUUUGAUGUCCAACUGAAGGAUUUGGAAAAGUGGCAGAACAACCUACUACCUUCACGUCAGUUUGGGUACAUUGUGCUAACAACUUCAGCUGGCAUCAUAGACCAUGAGGAAGCUAGGCAAAAACACACAGGAGGAAAAAUCCUGGGAUUCUUUUUCUAAACUUGUA